AUGGAGAGCUCAGUGGUUCUGGGUAACACAAUAGAUCACAAUAGUUUCAUCUCCCCACACCUCCAUCCUGGCCCCACACCUCCAUCCUGGCCCCACACCUCCAUCCUGGCCCCACACCCCCAUCCUGGCCCCACACCUCCAUCCUGUCCCCACACAUCCAUCUUGGCCCCACACCUCCAUCCUGGCCCCACACCUCCAUCUCCCCACACCUCCAUCUCCCCACACCUCUAUCCUGGCCCUACAUCUCCAUCCUGGCCCUACACCUCCGUCUCCCCACACCUCCAUCCUGGCCCCACACCUCCAUCCUGGGCCCACACCCCCAUCCUGGCCCCACACCUCCAUCCUGUCCCCACACCUCCAUCUUGGCCCCACACCUCCAUCCUGGCCCCACACCUCCAUCUCCCCACACCUCCAUCUCCCCACACCUUUAUCCUGGCCCCACACCUCCAUCUCCCCACCUCUCCAUCCUGGCCCCACACCUCCAUCCUGGCCCCACACCUCCAUCCUGGCCCCAACACCUCCAUCCUGGCCCCAACACCUCCAUCUCCCCACACCUCCAUCCUGGCCCUACACCUCCAUCCUGGCCCUACACCUCCGUCUCCCCACACCUCCAUCCUGGCCCUACACCUCCAUCCUGGCCCCACACCUCCAUCCUGGCCCCAAACCUCCAUCCUGUCCCCACACCUCCAUCCUGGCCCCACACUUCCAUCUCCCCACACCUCCAUCCUGGCCCCACACCUCCAUCCUGGCCCCACACCUCCAUCUCCCCACACAUCUAUCCUGGCCCCACACCUCUAUCUCCCCACAUCUCCAUCCUGGCCCCACACCUCCAUCCUGGCCCCACACCUCCAUCCUGUCCCCAACACCUCCAUCCUGGCCCCAACACCUCCAUCUCCCCACACCUCCAUCCUGGCCCUACACCUCCAUCCUGGCCCUACACCUCCGUCUCCCCACACCUCCAUCCUGGCCCUACACCUCCAUCCUGGCCCCACACCUCCAUCCUGGCCCCACAUCUCCAUCCUGGCCCCACACCUCCAUCCUGGCCCUACACCUCUGUCUCCCCACACCCCCACCUGGCCCCACACCUCCAUCCUGUCACCACACCUCCAUCCUGGUCCCACACCUCCAUCCUGGCCCCACACCUCCAUCCUGUCCCCACACCUCCAUCCUGUCCCCACAUCUCCAUCCUGGCCCCACACCUUCAUCCUGGCCCCACACCUCCAUCUCCCCACACCUCCAUCUCCCCCACCUCUAUCCUGGCCCCACACCUCCAUCUCCCUACACCUCCAUCCUGGCCCCACACCUCCAUCCUGGCCCCACACCUCCAUCCUGUCCCCAACACCUCCAUCCUGGCCCCAACACCUCCAUCUCCCCACACCUCCAUGCUGGCCCCAACACCUCCAUACUGGCUCCAACACCUCCCCCCUCCCCACACCUUUAGAUCCGCGGAAGCAACUCUGA